AUGCACCAUCGUCGGGGACAUACUAAAUCCCGACAUGGCUGCAUGACUUGCAAGACUAGACGCGUUAAGUGCGAUGAGCUACGCCCAAUAUGUAGCAACUGCACCCAGAGACGUGAAACAUGUGUCUAUCCCGGACUGGGCCCUCACUUUUUUGCUGAGAGCACCCGAAAAUCUCGGAAGAAAGCUCAAUCACCACCAGAUACUCAAACAUUGCCGAGCUCUGAAUCUCAAGUUUUCCACUCGGAUAUAUGGACUUCGAAUUUAUCCGGUAGUCUGAGUUCAAUUCCCAACUUGCCUUCGUUGGACAUGACGCAGCUAGAACUCAUAAUCCAAUGGAUCAAUCACACACACAAAUUCGCUGCUCGGAGCGAAAAGACUAGACAAGUCUGGGAAAUGCCGGUACUUGAAGAAGCUCUAAAUGCACCAUUUCUCAUGCACGGGAUCUUGGCCCUUUCAGCCCUGCAUCUUUCGCAUUUGCGUAAGGAUGGAAGGCAUGUGAUGUGGCUAGACGUCGCCAUAGCACACAAAAACACGGCCUUGAUUAUGUUCUCCGAUCAGCUGCGCAACAUUAGCCAAUCCAAUGCGAAAGCUAUGAUGAUUUUCGCCGGUCUAGCAUUUGCGUUUAGCCUAGCAAGUGCUCUCAACAUGGGCACUCAAGAAGACAUGCCGGGCUUGAAUUCCCUUACUGAUGCCUUCAUAUUGGCACGAGGAGUUCAGACAGUGCUAGAUGCAGAGUCAGGCUUUUUGAAGGAAAGCAACUUUGCACCACUCUUCGAUAUGACAGCCCCUGAGGUUGAUAUUCCCGAGCACGUUCUUGCUGCGCUGGAUCGACUUGAGCAACUACAAGUCAAGUGCAGCCCAACUGAUAGUAACAUCAACUCCGUAGCAUAUAUGCAAACGAUCAAAUCCUUGCGUGAUCUUGCUGCUUUCACCUACGCCGAGCCUACUUCAAUGACCAUGGCUGCUGGUUGGGCUAUCCGAGCCUCACAAGAAUAUUUCGAUGAUCUCAAAGCCAAGAAACCUCUCGCAUUGGUCAUUCUGGCCCAUUACUGUGUCUUUCUACAUAUGGCACGGGAUAACUGGUCCAUAGGCUCUUGGGGCCGUGAGGUUUCAAAGGAUAUCACUCAAAUAUUGGAACCUGAAUGGCAACCUCACAUUGAAUGGGCGACUCGACAAGUUCUCCCCUCGGCUACAGAAUGA